UCUUCAGCCCUGUGUGUCACAGCAUUUAACGAAACAUUAAGGCUAUGUCAUUGACAUUAUCUCAAUUUCUUAUAGCUAAGCGAAUGCGAGAUCAUCUUUAGUCCGUUCUUACACUUCGGAAACUGAGCAAGAAAUCUAUAGGCUAAUUCUAUAAUCCCAACACCAUGUUCGCUAUGAAGAGAUAUCGACACCAUUAUGAUCCCUUACCAGGAAAGGCUUACAUUAGACUUGCUACUCUUCACCCGGGCCAAUGGAAAGACCCCAUCAACUUCUCAUUUCAUAUCUCACCCUUCUCCAGUGACGAUCCGCCUCAAUAUGAGGCCCUAUCAUACGCAUGGGGCUCAGAGAAACGACCCUUACCGGUUUAUGUCGGUGACGAACAGAUUGCUACCGUCGUAACCGUGGGGAAUUUUCUCGGCGCGAAAGUGAAGAGAAUCCCGUCCCGACGCAAUCUAGCUAUCGCUUUAAGACACCUGCGUUAUGUCGACAGGCCGCGUGUCAUGUGGAUUGAUGCCCUAUGUAUCAACCAAGCAGAUGAUGCUGAAAAGGGCUCACAAGUCGCAAUGAUGGGUGAAAUUUAUCGGCUUGCGCAUCGGGUAGUAGCCUGGAUUGGCCAAGAGGAAAAUAAUAGUUACCACGCUAUGAAUUGGAUGGAGUUUCUUGGCUCUCAGGUGGACGUCGAUUUUUUGAAACCCGAGAUAACAGCAGCAGAGGGUUGCGUCGACUCUACAAUUGGUGAUAUGACUGUUCCUCUUUCUUUCGAUUACGCGACGGGGGUUUCCCUCAGUCAUUUGAUUUCGAGGUCAUGGUUUGGUAGGGUCUGGGUUCAACAAGAAAUUGCCUUGGCGAACUCAGAAGCAAUUAUUCAGUGUGGUUCCUGUCAUGUGAAGUGGUCUUGCUUCAGACGAGCCUUGAUUUGCUUGUUUUUGAAGAUAAUACAUUGCCCUAUACCACCGGAAAAAUAUAAUCUCAGCGUGUCGUCUCUUACAGGAUUCUUCUUCAGCACAUAUUCAAAUUCUAUACAACACAUACGGCCAAAUUUUGGAAGAUUACAUUGUAUGGAUCCCCGAGAUCGACUAUAUGCUAUUUCAGCCAUGCUACCCGAAUCCGAAAGAGAAUUUGUUUUACCCCCGGAUUACACCAAACCCUACGUUGAGCUCUAUACAGAAGUUGUAACUCAAGUAAUCAAAUCUCAGCAAAACUUGAAUAUCCUGACCCAGUGUGAUUUCCGAGACAGCUCGUCGUGUCCGAGUUGGGUCCCCGAUUGGUCGGAUAGCUCUUUUUGGGACCCGAGUUUAGGAUUACACAUUCAAGCAUCCUCCCAGCUUGGUACCUCAUGUGAGUUUCCCGAGCCUGGCGUGUUGAGAAUAAUGGGCGUAUCCAAGUCUAAAGUUCGGGAGCGUCAUGAGAUUCCGAUUAUAGAUGCCGGCAAUCAUCGUAUGAUACUUAAAUUCAUCAAAUCAAUAGCAUCGAAAUUAGGUGUUGGAGAGCAGAUAACAGUCGAGAAUUUCGCCCAAACUCUCGUCCAAAACUCCCUCUCCGAGAAUUACGAUCUACCACCAGAUAUCUAUCUAAAUAUAGAGGAGGCAACACGCCUAAUCUUAUUAAUCAUGUCCGACCACCAAUUCAAAGAUGAGGACUUCUUCUGGCCCUCUACAUGUAUAAAGUUAUUCAAAGAAGCCGGCCUAUAUAACCAACGGCCACCUUUCAUUCAGACGACGGACGGUUCAAUAGGGAGAGCUGUAAGAUCUGUACAACCUGGUGACGAAGUUUGCGUUAUUCUUGGUUGCUGUACCCCCCUAUUACUGCGACCACUAGGCAACGAGAGGUACAAGCUGGUCGGUCCAUGCUUCGAUGCCAGUGUCGUGCAAGGCGAGGCCUUUCUCGGACCUCUCCCCGAGAACAUCCGAAUGGUCCAAGCUGUUGAUAAUGAUAUUAAAAAGCGAACGUUCUGGUUCAAGGAUACGGUCUCAGGUGAGACUUCUAAUGUGGAUCCACGGCUCGAAUCUUUACCUAUAGACUUUGAGUCCUUUCGUAGUUUUAUGUCACAACAGCACGUUGGUACUCUAAUUUUAGACCCAAAGAUGUUCCAGCAUUGUGGUGUUAAUCUCAAACAUUUCGAUCUUGUAUAGAUUUAAUCUUAUUACUCUGUAACUCAAUUUUGGACAGGAG